GAAGCUGAUUUGACGUCUCGCGGUGGCGGCGCACGGAAGAGAGCGGCACAGCGGGGCGCACACGGAGGGUAUGGCGUCUCAGGAGCCCGUUACCGGGGCGCAGAUCAUUGCUGAGGCUCUGGUUGCACAAGAUGUGAAGUAUAUGUUUGGUAUAGUUGGAAUUCCUGUCAUUGAAGUCGCCGUCGCCGCUCAGGUUGCUGGGAUCAAGUAUGUGGGCAUGAGAAAUGAGCAGGCGGCUUGCUAUGCUGCCUCCGCUGUGGGAUACCUCACAGGCAGACCUGCCGCGUGCCUUGUCGUGUCUGGGCCAGGCCUUAUUCAUGCUCUUGGUGGCAUGGCGAAUUCAAAUAUGAACUGCUGGCCAGUUAUUGUCUUGGGAGGUUCUUCUGAUGCUAACCAAGAGACAAUGGGUGCUUUCCAAGAAUUCCCUCAGGUUGAAACCUGUAGACUAUAUAGUAAGUUUUCUGCUAGACCUACCAGCUUGGAAGCCAUACCAUCUGUGGUUGAAAAGGCUGUGAGAACUAGCAUGUACGGCCGGCCUGGUGCCUGUUAUAUCGAUAUUCCUGGAGACUUUGUAAAUAAAAUGAUUGACAGAAGUGCAUUGAGAUUUCCAGAAUGUUGUUUACCACGUCCUAUCAGCUUAGCUGACUCUUCAGAAAUACAGAAAGCAGUUGCUGAGCUGAAAAAUGCCCAGAACCCUUUGAUAAUAGUUGGGAAAGGUGCUGCAUUCUCACGAGCAGAGGUCAGCAUUCGAAGAUUGGUGGAUGAAUGUGGACUGCCUUUUUUGCCCACUCCAAUGGGCAAAGGUGUUGUACCUGACAAUCAUCCAUUUUGUGUUGCUGCUGCCAGGUCCAGUGCAUUGCUGAAUGCUGAUGUUGUUCUGCUGCUGGGUGCCAGACUGAACUGGAUUUUGCACUUUGGUCUCCCACCACGAUUCCGACCAGAUGUAAAGAUUAUUCAGGUUGACAUUUGUGCAGAAGAGCUUGGUAAUAAUGUUAAACCUGUGGCAAGUCUCCUGGGGGAUGUUAAUGCAGUGACUCAGCAGCUUCUAGAACAACUGCAAAAACAUUCCUGGAAAUAUCCACCCAAUACUGGAUGGUGGAAUAUCCUGAGGAAGAAGAUAAAGGCAAACGAGGAGAACUCAAAGCAACUGGCAUCGGGAACAUCUGUCCCAAUGAACUAUUAUACUGUGUUUCGCUAUGUUAAGGAGGCUUUGCCUAAUGACUGUAUUAUUGUAAGUGAGGGGGCCAACACAAUGGACAUCGGCCGUACUGUGCUUCCAAACCUUUAUCCACGUCACAGGCUAGAUGCUGGCACUUUUGGCACAAUGGGUGUUGGUCUGGGAUUUGCCAUAGCAGCAGCCAUGGUUGUUAAAUAUGAGGCCCCAGGAAAGCGUGUUGUUUGUGUGGAAGGGGAUAGCGCAUUUGGCUUUUCCGGUAUGGAGGUUGAAACAAUCUGCAGAUACAACCUUCCUAUAAUAAUAAUUGUUGUUAAUAACAAUGGAAUUUAUAAUGGGUUUGAUGAAGACUCUUGGGCCAACAUGUUAAAGGCUGGGGACCCAGCUUCUAUAGCACCUCCUGUUGCUCUGAAGCCAAAUGCUCGCUAUGAGCAGGUAAUGAUGGCCUUUGGUGGGAAAGGAUACUUUGUGCGUACUCCCGCAGAACUGCAGCAAGCGCUGAAUUCCAGCUUCUCAGAUAAAAAUUUGCCAUCUCUGAUCAAUGUCAUGAUAGAUCCACAGUCUGACCGGAAGACACAGGAAUUUCCGUGGCUGACUCGUUCCAAUUUGUGAUUUAAGAAAUACAUCCUGUGACCAUCUGUCCGAAUCUGAUCGGGGAGCAAUGACCAUUCAAACUAAAUGGAUAUCUACUUGUAUUAAUUACGUUUCUGUAAUGUUGUACACAUUAAACCUUAAAGGGUAACUGUCAUAUAUUUUUUAUUUUAUUUGCUAGUUUAUUAGAGCUAGGUAUGUAUACCUGUUAGUCUGUCAAUGAUUAAUAAAAGAUCUUUAAUUACC